AUGGCGUCCUCCGAGGACCAGGCUCUUCCCUUGCAGACGCAACACUUGAAUGAAAACCCUAAUUCAUCUCCGUUCGAACUGCUACCAGCUGAAGUCGGCGAAAAGCGGCCCUUGCCCCGUGGAACUGCCUCGUAUCCUCGCAAAAGGGCAGUCACCGCGUGUCAAGUGUGUCGGGCAAGGCGGACGAAAUGUGAUAAUCGGAAACCAACGUGCUCAUUUUGCCUAAAAGUCGGUGCGCGAUGUAUCCAGUCGCCGGUGGAUUUAUCCAGCUUUGAUCCGGCAAGUCUCAAGCUUCUCGAGAGGCUGGACGAGGUCGAAUUGGCUAUUGGGAAAUGUCAGAGCGCGAUCGAAUCAAUUGGAUCACGUUUCAAUAAUAAUACCUCAUCAGGUACAGAAUCCAGCAGUUUCCGGCGUGCUGUAUACCCUGAUAUCGACCGAACGAGAUUGUUGCCUGCAUCGAUUAAAACGAUAUGUCAGUGGCCAACUUUUGAAACGGCUGGUCUGGGGCAGACCGGGGGAGAAUUUGCAGCAUCGACUUCAGCCUCUCCUGCAGAGAUAGACACCGGCUCCACAGUAUCCAUAGACGACUUGCAACCCCGCUUCACCAAGCUCCUACUGGACAAUUUCUUUCAAUACAUACAUGUAAAAAACCCUGUUCUCGAUGAAACUAGAACGCGGAGGAUGGUGUUUCGUCUCUGUAUGGAUGGACUGGAUUGGUCCGCCGAAGCAUGCCUUGUGCUUCUUGUUUUGGCUCUCGGUGCAACAGCCACUCCAUUUGAGUACCCGAAAUCUGGGAUGAAAGAUCCCGAGACUUUGCCCUAUGCACGUACAUUCUACAAUGCCGCUCAAAAACGUCUAUGGGCGUCUUUCUCCGGGUCUAACCGAGCUCUACAAGGGCAAUGCUUCUUUUUGUCUGGGGUCUACGCGACGACGAUGUUUCAACCAGAAACUGCCUGGAGGUUUUUUUUACAAGCACUCGCUUGUUGCCAGGGCUUUCAACUUUUACGGAACGCAAAUUCUUCUUUAGAAAGCUGGCAUGCACAAACUUUAAACCUGCAUGAAUCACCAUCUUCGGAUCCUUCGGCAUCGUCACCAUCCAUAAAUACUACAGAGCAAACGAUCUAUUGGUCCGCAUGGAAGUCUGAGCGGGAAUUGCGCGGGUAUUAUGAGAUGUGCGAUUUUCCCCCGUCAGUGGUCGACUUGGGCUACCCGCUAUUCUUUCCAACACCCCCAGUCGCUGCUGAGAAUGAUGUCUCGCCAGGAAUGGGUAACGACGAAAUGCAGUAUCGAGAGCGAUUGUCUUGGUACUUUUACCUUUCUGAAAUAUCCCUUCGACGUCUCUCGUUCUGUAUUUCUAACGGCAUUGUGAAAUUCGAACCAACGGGAGAAGAUUCCUUUCUAGACGGGCUGGCUAAAGAGACUCCAGUCUACGAAGCACAGGCAGAAGAGUGGGCCAUGAGGUUGCCACGGAUUGUAUCCAUUGCAGGUCCGCCUGACGAAGACGAUAUUUGUCGGUUUGUUCUGAGGGGCCAUCUCGUGAACCUGUACGAAAUUAUUUAUUGGCCGUUUAUCGAUGCAUUCAUCAAUGGCGUCCCCGCCGAUGGAGCAGAUCGACCCCUCCUGUGGAGCCUUGUUCGUAAAGGACUUGAGAAUCACGUUGCUAGACUCUGGGUCAAUGAACCGGGAUACAAACAUCGCCAUCAUGGCACACUAUUCCUACUUCAUUCUUGCAACCGAAGUGCCUUGAUUCUUAUUGCUGCGGCAGCUUCGCUAAAGCAUCGGCUUGAUCAAGGUAUUCAGCCGAAUCUCUUUAUGCCAGCAAGAUGGCAUGAAGCUGUAAGGCUGGCUAUUGAAAUGAAUCGUUACUGGGUGAUGGAGUCGGCAGAUAGCCAGUACCUUCUUCAGAUUCUUGAGAAGGCGUAUGCGUAUGUACAACAUUUGGAAAGUCAGUAA